GGUGGUUUUUUUGUCAACUUGUUGCUUUGACGAGCGCUUUUGUGAUGAACCAUGGGUUUCCAAAAAACCUUGCGCCUCAAAGGAAAAACAACUUACGGUUGGAUGCGGUUGUUAAAAGGGCUGCGACAAGUAUCGGAAGCAAUGUACGAGGUAGUGUUCACACAAUAGCCGAUAAAUCAAUGGCGUUGUGGGAUAAAGUUCGGAAGCGAUUGGGAAAUUCGGAGAACUCGGCUGGAUGCAGUUGUGGUCGAGAAUACCCAAAUAGUGAAAGUGUUUUUUACGAAGAUUACUUCACGAGAUUCUCCUUGCUCCUGUUAGAGCCUGGAGAGAUCUACUUUGAAGAUUUUAGUGUUUUUCAUUACCCAAAUCAAUUUUCUGAAGAGGAGGCAAUAAAAAGGAAACAAAGAGGAAGAUUAAAGAUAUGUUCCAAGUCUAUUCUUUUUGAUCCCAUAGAUACAUCUUACCCAAUUUUAAAGUUUCCUCUCAGAGAAUGUAAUGCAAUAACUCAUUGGUCUGGAUCUCUCAUGUCAAGAAUUGAUACCAAAGGAGAUGUUCUGGCAAUUGAGUCUAAGCAGGUCAUAGAAAUGAAGGAAGGCAACACAAUAGCACCUUAUACAUUUAGAAGAGAAAAAGCCAAGUAUUUAUUUUCGUUCAAUUUUGUAGCUUUAAAUUUUGUAUUACCCCAGUUAGAACAGCUUCACAGAGCAACUACUCUCAUGCCAGCUGAUCAACAAGCUAUGAUCAAUUCAAUUGUUCAAUCAAGACAGGCAAGAGUAAGUUUUAACACAAGUUGGUUAGAAGAUUUACAUGAGAAAAUUGUGAUGGAAACAAUGGCAAAACGAAUCACCCCUCUUGUUUGCAAUCCAGGCCGUAUCAUGUUAACUUCUUCCAGACUAUACUUUCAGCCAUUUAACAAUGCUGACCCAUGCCCAGUUGUGAAAUGCAAAUUAUCUAAAAUCUGUAGAGUUGUCAAACGGAGAUAUCUUCUCAGGCAUGUGGGGGUUGAGGUGUUUUCAGCAGAUGGUUCUCAUAUGUAUCUGAUAUUCAACUCUCCAACAGAGAGGGAUUUGUUUUAUGACAAAAUUAUUCAGCAACCAGAAGUUGAAUUAGAAGACACGAGACAGGAGAACAUGACGUUAAGAUGGCAGAAUGGAGCGAUCUCAAAUUUUGAAUAUUUAAUGUACCUAAAUAGUUUAGCAGAUAGAAGUUUCAAUGAUCUCACACAGUAUCCAGUAUUUCCUUGGGUUAUAUCAGACUACAAGAGUGCAGAGCUUGAUUUACAGAAGGGAGAAACAUUCCGAGAAUUAUCCAAACCAAUAGGAGCUCUGAAUGAAACAAGAUUAGCUCAACUAAAGGAGCGAUGCAAAGAGAUGCCUGAUCCAAAGUUCUUGUACGGAUCUCAUUACUCCACCCCCGGAUAUGUGUUGUACUAUCUUGUUAGAGUUGCUCCCGAAUUUAUGCUCUGCCUACAGGGAGGAAAAUUUGAUCAACCAGACAGAUUAUUUAACAGUAUUGCUGAAACGUGGGAGAAUGUUUUGACGGGACAUGCAGAUGUCAAAGAGUUGAUUCCAGAAUUUUUCCAUUCAUCUGGCGAAUUUUUGUUAAACAGUCAAAGUUUGCCAUUGGGCUGCAAACAGGACAAGACAAAAGUCAUGGAUGUUGAGCUUCCAGCCUGGGCCAAAGAUCCGGGGGAUUUCAUUCGGAAGAAUCGUGAGGCUCUUGAGUGCCCGUAUGUCUCCGAAAAACUUCACAACUGGAUCGACUUGAUAUUUGGAUAUAAACAAAGAGGACAUGAUGCGUGGCAAGCAGACAAUGUGUUUUACUAUUUGACGUACGAGGGAGCUGUUGACCUAGAAAAGUUUGACUUUGAUGAAAUGUUCAGCAAUAAUCAUUCACAGUGGACUAACAUGGAGAAACUUCAGCAGGCAACGUGCCACAAAUUACACAAAGAGGAAUCUUCAUCUUGUUCUGUGAAUGUCAAUAUAACCAACAGUCAACUCACGCAACACAGAAGCACGGUUACAUCAGUGAGACUAUCAAAGGACUGUAAAAAUGUCUUUUCUGUUUCUCAAGAUACACAACUGAAGAUGUACUCAUUAGAAACCAAACAGCAAGUUCGUGGAAUCAAUCUAUCGUCAAUGGCGCUUUCGUCUUGUGCCAUUAUGCCGGACUCAAAAACGAUCAUAGUUGGAUCGUGGGAUAACAAAAUCUACAUUUACUCUGUUGAAUAUGGAAGAGUUGUGGACACCAAAGCGGGACAUGACGAUGCAAUUUCAUGUUUGUGCUGGAAUGAUGGUAUCUUAGUGACUGCUUCGUGGGAUUCUACAGUCAAGGUGUGGAAGUUCUUUCCAGAACCGGAUGGCAAGAAACCCUCGCCGCCUGAAAUUUUGGCUGAGCUCGAACAUGACACUGAGGUGAACUCUGUAGAUCUUGAUCCUACAAACACUCUUGUGGUAACAGGCACCAUGGAUGGAACUGUAAUGCUUUGGAACAUUGAUCAACAAGCGGCCAUCAGUCAUCACCCAAUUCAUAAGGAGACUGUGCAUUCAGUUCUUUUCAGCCCGGACGGACAGCGGAUUCUGUCGUGCGGCGCUGACCAUUUCAUGAGAGUGGUGGACGUCCAUACAGGGACAGAAGUGUAUUCCAAAGAUGUGGGCGAGGAAAUUAGAUGUGCUGUAUGGGAUGGUCAGAUGGUACUCGCUGGUGGUGAGUCUGGCUACCUCCAGAUCUGGGAUCUGAUAAAUGUGCAGGAAGUCAGCAGAAUCACAGCUCAUGAAGGAGCCAUUCGAUGCAUAGAUGUAUCAAGUGAUGGCUGUACUGUAGUCACCGGUGGAGAGGACGGUCAAGUUAUAAUGUGGAAACUUCACGUUUGAUUAAGAUAAUCCGUCGCCUUCAGUACCCAUCAUACUGCCGGCCGACAAGAUUUCAUUUGCCAAAAUGGUACAAGCAGUGCCUCGUGUUCCCCUUCCCAUCAUGCCCUUGUUCUUAACCGCAACCCCCGAAUCGUGCGCGUUAUGAAAAAGACUGGGAACGAGUUAACUCGUGGAACAAUCAGAGUUACGAAAACAAUCUAAAGAGCGCCUUCGAACAGAGUCUUGUGCGAAUGAUCUGGAAUCCUGGCUGGUUAAUUAGUAAUUAAGUUUCAGUCCGUCUUUUGCUGAAAAAUUUAGAGAUCAUUUGACAUAAUUUUCUUUUUUAUUUUGUUUUCGUCGUUGUAAAAUAGAGACGAUUUGUGGACUAUCGAUCAACUUGACCGCAGCCGCAAACUGUUCGCAAAAGCUACUCACAUAUGCUAAGGGACAUUUCGCCCCUUAAAAAAAAUAUAUGUAUACUAGCGACAUCUUAAUGAAAACUAUGAAAUGAUGUCGUAGGCUGAAGUGCCUCCCGAUUUGUAUUUUAAAUGUAUUAAGUGAUAUAGUUUUAACAUUUUGUUACAUGCUAUGUCUACGUCCCAUAGGGAAACAACGUUUUAGAUGAAAAAGAUAGUUUACUAAUAUUUAUUUGGGGAAGUUUGCUCUCACGACGAAUUCAUAGAAUUUAUGAAUAAUCUACUCGACCUUCCUUUUGAUCCAGGGUGGUAACGGGCGUGUAUGCUUAUCUUCCCACCUGUUCCCCUUAUCCCCCACCGACUCUUUGUCUUCCUCUCCCCUCCCCUCUACUAAAUCCCCUCACUUCAGGAUGUAGGCCGAGCCAAUGAACGUCAGGGGCUGUCAGUCUUUUAGGCUAUGCAUUAUCCGUAAUUUGUAAUUAGAGAAAGUUCAACUCAGCUAAUAGAGUCGUUUUUCUUUUGCCA